GGGCCGGCGGAGAACAGGUUGAACAUCCGUGGGUCGUGGACGCUCGCAAUCGAACCCGCAACCCUGAAAUUGAACGCUGUGCUUUCAAACAUUAUUACCCGGACCCGGGUGACGUGGCUGAGCGGAGUAGGGGGGCGCGCGCAAUGAAGCAAUGGCUGCCUGCUAAUAAACAUUACAACCCCGCCUGCUAACACUUAGCACACACACAGGAGGACCGGACGAGUAUCCACAGCCCGUGUUUUCCCGUCGUGAGCCCGUCACGCGACCCGCCGGCACGCAGACCCCCCCAGAGAAAGGAAAGAUAUGCAGCCGUCAGAGCGCCGCUGACAGGCCUGACUCUGGUUCAACACGACCAUGGAGUCCUCUUCUGAGUCCCAGCAGGAGCCUGAGAAAACAUUGCACCAUGCAGAGUUGAGAGAGCACCAUGCCACCUCCGCUGCUGUAGUGUGCAGUGAUGACACCGUCCUUCUGACCCCAGGCAGGAUGAGCCAGCGCCAGGUGAAGGAGCGGGACAAAGAGAGGGAGAAGGAGGCCGGCCUCCAGACGCCCAACAGGGAGCAUGUGGCCAGCCCCUCGACCCUCAGCCCGGGGGUGAGCUACAGCCACGGUUUUGAGAGAGGGAAGGAGGACCUCCUGCCUCUGCCUUUAAAAGAAGACUCACAUUCCAUUUCUAAGAGCAAGUCUGAAACAAAGCUGUACAAUGGCUCAGACAAGGAUGUGUCGGCGUCUGGAGGAAAGCUCACCAAGAAGGAGUCCCUCAAGGUGCAGAAGAAAAACUACAGGGAAGAAAAGAAGAGGGCGACCAAGGAGCUGCUCAGCACCAUCACUGACCCCUCUGUCAUCGUCAUGGCCGACUGGCUGAAGAUCCGCGGCACUCUGAAGAGCUGGACCAAGCUGUGGUGUGUGCUGAAGCCAGGCGUCCUGCUCAUCUACAAAACCCACAAAAACGGCCAGUGGGUGGGAACGGUGCUGCUCAACGCCUGCGAGCUGAUCGAGAGGCCCUCCAAGAAGGACGGCUUCUGCUUCAAGCUCUUCCACCCGCUGGAACAGUCCAUCUGGGCUGUCAAGGGUCCUAAAGGGGAAGCAGUGGGCUCCAUCACGCAGCCAUUACCCAGCAGCCACCUCAUCUUUCGUGCUGCCUCUGAGUCUGAUGGUCGAUGCUGGAUGGACGCCUUAGAGCUGGCCCUGAAGUGCUCCAGCCUGCUGAAGAGGACCAUGAUCCGUGAGGGGAAGGAGGACAUGAGCACAGUCGCUACUGGCGGAGAACACUCCAUCAAUUUCUACAGUCUCCUGCGAGCCCACAACAUGCACGGUUUCCAGUUCAGUGACAGUGACCAUUUGAAAGACCCCGACCUGUACUCGGACAAGUCGGACCGCGAGGGAGAGCAGGACCACGAGGAGUCCGACCCAGAAGGCCUGGAGAAGAGCGAGGAGAGUGACAGCGACACGUCGGAGCGCCAAGACGACUCGUACAUUGACCUUGAUCCAAACGAACAUGUCAGGGAAACCCCGUACCUGGAACAGUCGCACGAGGAACUGGGAGAGGCUGGUGAGGCUGCACAGACAGAGACGGUAUCAGAGGAGAAUAAAUCUCUGAUCUGGACGUUGCUGAAGCAGGUCCGACCUGGCAUGGACCUGUCCAAGGUGGUGUUGCCCACCUUCAUCCUGGAGCCGAGAUCCUUCCUCGACAAACUCUCGGACUACUACUACCACGCAGACUUCCUGUCAGAGGCUGCGAUCGAAGAGAACGCCUACAACCGCAUGAAGAAGGUGGUGAAGUGGUACAUUUCUGGGUUUUACAAAAAGCCAAAGGGGUUGAAGAAGCCUUACAACCCUAUUAUUGGGGAGACGUACCGCUGCAUGUGGCUCCACCAGAGGACAAACAGCAAGACGUUCUACAUCGCAGAACAGGUUUCCCAUCAUCCCCCAGUGUCUGCCUUCUAUGUCAGCAACAGGAAGGAUGGAUUCUGCCUCAGUGGCAGCAUCCUUGCCAAGUCUAAGUUUUAUGGAAACUCUCUGUCGGCCAUAUUAGACGGGGAGGCCCGCCUCACUUUUCUCAACCGAGGGGAGGACUAUGUGAUGAACAUGCCCUACGCCCACUGUAAAGGUAUCCUGUAUGGCACCAUGACCCUGGAGCUGGGUGGACAGAUCACUAUUGCGUGUGAGAAAACAGGCUACAGUGCUCAGCUGGAGUUCAAACUGAAGCCGUUCCUGGGCAGCAGCGACUGUGUCAAUGAGAUCUAUGGAAAGAUUAAGCUGGGAAAGGAGGUGUUAGCCACACUAGAAGGACACUGGGACAGCGAGAUCUUCAUCAAUGACAAGAAGACGGGGACAGUGGACACUUUCUGGAAUCCGACACCAGACCUGAGACAGAGUCGACUGACCCGCUGCACUGUCCCACCAGAGGAGCAGGGAGAGUAUGAAUCAGAAAGACUGUGGCAGCACGUGACCCGGGCCAUCAACAACAAGGACCAGACCGAGGCCACCAAUGAGAAGUUCAUUCUGGAGGAAGCUCAGAGGAAGUCGGCCCGCGAGCGGAAAGCCAAAUGCGAGGAGUGGAUCUCCGCCCUGUUUGAGCAGGACCCCGUCACUGGAGAGUGGCAUUACAGAUAUGCUGACACAAGGCCAUGGGAUCCACUCAACGACCUGAUCCAGUUUGAAAAGGACGGCUGCAUCCAGACCAAGGUCCGACACCGCACCCCUAUGGUACGUUCUGGCAGUCUUAUUAGUCUGAGUAACCAGGGGCCGCGGAGGGACAAUUGCAAGUGCCAGGUAACGGUGCCAAAGAGGAAACAUAAGAGUGACAAGCCCAAAAGUCCAGAGAGUGGCUGCUCUUCACCCGAACCCGACCGCCAGGACUCGUCUGGCAGCGAACGACACAAAAGCAAACAUAACAGUCGGCUGAGGAAAAAAGGAGCCGACCUCAGUGAACUUCAAAGUGCCAUUGAAUCCAUAAAGCAGACGCAGGAGGACAUUAACAGGAGCAUCGGUGUGCUGCGGAGUCGCGCGUCGGGCCGGGUGGAGGGCGGCUCCUUCCUCCAGCAGCGCGACUACGUCAUCAUCGUUUUCCUCAUCCUCCUUCAGGUCGUGAUCAACUACAUCUUCAAGUAGCAGCCAUACCCCACAGAGAGAGAGUGACGCCCUCACACACACAAACACAUAUAUAUCGUACAGACACACUCUCUGAGCCUUAGGCUUCACAAUGGGGUACAAAGAGUAUAAACUUUGACCUUUUAAGUGACAGCAACAGUCUCCUCCAGCUCUGCUCAUCCGUCUUUAUUCAAUCCACCUGCAACACGUCCAGAAAAGUGGAGACUUCAACACAAAAAAAAAGAGACUUUUAAAAACUCUUUAUUUAUUUUGAACCUGUCCAUUCCAAAACUCGUGAGGGAUCCACAGAUUUCAAAGCAGAGAGGAGCAGCGGAGAGAAGUUAUCCGUGUAAAGAAGUCUCGACUGCCACUCUGAAGCUUAUUGAUUUGCCUUGAUGUAAGAGGCAGCCAUGUUUUUUAGCUGUUCUCUGUUCCACCAAUGAUGGGAAACUACUCUGUUGAUUCACAUUUCACCUCAAAAGACAGGAUGGUAAGAAAGACGAAGAAAAACCUUUUAUUUUAAUGUUAUUGUUUUGAUGGCUUGGGAUGUCCUGCGUGGAUCAAACUGUUAAUAAGGGAGAAAGAAACCAAAUGGUCCACAAGCGAUGUGACUUAUUUUUAUUAUCACAUACUUUCAUAGCGGCCGGGGUUGUUUUUUUUUUUUGGUCAUGUGGAAAUAGACGAGCGAGACAAAAUAACACAAGUGACACUGUCAAAAGGAACAGAAGCUAUACUUUCUGCUGUAUGAUAAAAUGUCUCCUUUUGCAUACAAAGUCAAUGUUUAAAAAAGAAAUGAAGUCCGAUGUUUGACACAGCGUCAUUGUAUCCUGUAGGUAGCGUGUACAGAUGGAGUUUAGCCCUAUGUACAGUAUUUUCUUUGAAGGCACAAAUGCACUGGAAAUGUUUGUAUUGUAAAUACAUUCAUCAUUCUAUCAGUUCAAAUGGUGCUCAAGUGCAUCACAGUACUUUGACAUUUCUGCUCUGAGGUCUGGAGAAUCCACAGAGGGCCAAAGAAUGAAUUUUCUGAGCACUGCCCCUAGUUUCAGUCAGAAGGGAGAGCGAUAUGUUCACCGAUGGUAGCGAGGAGUUGGUUUUAUCGAGGCAAAACGUGAAUACACCAACUUCAAAAAUGACGCGGUCUUAGAUCUAAUGACACGAUAAAGGAAAAGAAGAGGAAGUGCUUAGUUGGUUUCCUGAUGGUCAGAUGAGAAAAUCGAUGCCACUCUGUUCAGGACAGUCGUUACUCACACGGACUGAGGAAACGACAGGAAAACAUUCAGCAUGUAAUCAUUCAAAAAAAUCAUCCAUCUUCCAGCAUCUCUGAAUAUAUCUUAUUUAUUCUGAAGCUCACAGAUGAUAACUUUUUACUCGACAACUUACUGUUCAAUCAAUGAAGCCAUCACUCAGUUUAGAUGUGAAGCUAGAACCAAGUAGUUACAGAGCCCAGCUACAAAUGAUUCCAUCCAAACAAUCGUUUCAACAAACACAAUAUAAUAUGAUGUUAAUUUAGUGAGCGUGCUGACGGAUGUAUUUUCUUACCGCUGAGCUAGCGCUGUGACGAUACGCCAAAUCCACGGUUCGGUUCUGACCUCGGUUUUUUUGCCUCGGCUCAGUUCAUACCUUGUUUUUUUUUUUCUGGGAGAACGCUAAAGAACAUGUGGGACUUGACUUCGCAGAAAACGACAUAAACCAAAAUAACCAAAGAAUGGAAAAGAGGUGUGUGCGUAUGUCUCCCACAGUCUCCACGUCCAGAGUUCAGUGCGUACAUACACAAAGUCCGUUUCAGUCUCCCACACUUAACACAGUUCAGUUCAAUCAAGUUCGAACAAUGAAAAACAUUAAAACACAAAAAUAAUCUGUUGCCGUUUUGGUUACACUGAGCAGAGUCUGUAUUUUAGGCUAAAGGAAGCAGCUUCUGUCUCCAGCUUCAUGUCCAUCAUGCAGAGUGAUAUCAAUCAUCUUAUCUAACUCUCAGGAAAGUGAGUAAGUGUAUUUCCCAACACUAAACUAGUAACUGUGUUUUUGCCUGUUCAAAAAGUGCCUGUCAGUGAGUGAAGUUCGUGGGGUGUGAUAGGAUCUAUUGAUGCUGCGUUCAAGGCACGUCAGAAGUUGAGAUUUCCCGACCUCUAAACGUUCCAGGCACAGGAAGCCAAACUUAAACAAAAAACAUGGCUGACCGUGACGAUGAUUUCCUAUUUUAACAUCAACGUAAAUGCAGGACAGAUUUUAAUAUCUAAUAGUAUGUAUAGUAUUUUAAUUAAAAACAGGCAAAUAUAUUUAAAGUUGCCUUUUAGUUUAUGUUUUUUUUUAGUUUUUUUUUAUGUUACAAGCGACAGACAACUGCUUCAUCAAAGGGCUCUGGGUCAACUUAAACAUAGCAUGAGUUCAAAAUGAAUGGAGGGUUCAGGUUUGAGAGAAGGAAGGAAAGAAAGAGUGGUUGUUGAGAGAAUCCAAGGAAGGGAGAAAAUAAAGAUGUAUUCCUCCAUUCAUUUAUAGGAUUAUGGAUUUAAGUUGUCCAACCCUACGUAGAUAAAAAAAUAUUUUUUGCAUAAACCAGACUCCAGACUGAGCCACGGAGGAGCGCUCCACCGAGCUGCACCAUCACGGCAUCAAACAUCACUUCCAGUGCUUUUGCGUCUCAGAUGUUAACCAGGAAAACUAGCGAUAGACACUUUAGCUGCAGAGGAGACGUAAGAUUUUUUCUUCUUACUAGUAUCACCAUAGUGAACCAUUCCAAAUGUACUCGAGUACCGGCCAAACUCAAGUGUGUAGAGUAGAAGUCGGCCCUCCCCCCUCCCCCGUUCACUGUGUAAAUAUCCAAUGGGACGGCUCGACUCCUCACCAGAGAGCGCGUGCCGUUUUUAACAGCGAGUUUUUCGCAACAAAGACACUCCUGCGCUCUGUGCACAAGCCAGUCUUUCUAACCUCGUGUGUCUUUCUGUCCACUCACUCUGUAGAUACACAUGCACAUAGGCAAAACUGAGGAAAACCGAUUAGUGGGGUACACAAUUAGAUUCCUAUUGACAAUGUAUCCACAUGGCCUCAAGGUGUUUGUGUUGUUCAGCGGUAGUUACCUGCAGCUUUCAAAAAGAUUCAUGCCACAACCUGACAAAUCACAGGAUUGUGAGGAAUAGCUAAGUGACGGUCUGUGUUUGGCUUUAGAAAAUCAAAUUCUCCCGGUAACCUAGUUUGACAGUGUACUCACAGUAUCAGCCACGGUAGAGGGCAGCAUACAGUCCGAGUUUUCUUCAAAGAUGCAAGUAAUUACUCGCUGAGGCCAUCUCAAAAGAUCAAACCUACUUAUGGACCAUAUCGGAAUAUUGAUUUUGUAUGUCUCUUGUCGCCUGUCAUGAUGUUCGCCUUGUCGACGUUUACAUAUCCGAUUGCCUCCGCCGUCAGCUGACUGUUAAGCGAAGAAAAACUUUGUAACCCUAACGCAGGUAUUAAAGAAAAAACUGGUAGCAUCAUCAGGAGCCGGCUGUACCCCCCCCUUCCCCCCCGUAAGUUACCCGGCUGGCCCGUGUGUAUCUGUACUUGUUUUUUUUCUUUUUGUGUGUGAGUGUGUGCGUGUGUGUGUGUGUGUAUCCUCAUUGCCUCAAAUCGCUCAUCUUAAAUAGAGAAUCCAGAUGUUAGAAUGUGGAGAAAUACAUAUUAUACCAGUGCCUUCUAGAGUCAGGCUGGGGAGGGGGUGGAUUGGGGGUGUAGCGGAGGUGAGAGGAGGGAUGGGGGGGGGGUGGCGCGGUGCGGAGCAUACAGAUGUAGCCAGAGUGAAGGGACCAGUGGACCUGGACGUGGUCUGGGACCCUCGGACUCUGGCUGCGGUCGCCGUAGUGUUUUCGUGCGGACGUGCCAUAAGAAGCCUUAGAAACGAGUCCGACUCCGGCCCCCACAGUUUGCCGCCCCGCCCCGCUCCUGCCUCCUCUCCUGACGCGUCGCUAUAGUAACGCACCUGUAGGCUCGCGGAUGCUGAUUCCUGCCACAGGAGUGAGAGAGAGAGAGAGAGAGCGAGGGAGGGAGGGAGACCUCUCCUCUCCAUUGUUGUCCUUUUCUCUCUCUCUCUCCCAAACACACACACACCAAAUCAGAGAGAAAUGAACAUCUCCGCUGUCUGUUGUUGUAUCUGUAAAAUAACACGUUUUAUUUAUUACUCUUUUAUAUGUGGGUUCAUGUUUCUGUUUUGUUUCUGCUUGUAGUGUUAGACCAUUCCUUUUCCUCACUGGAUGUUUUUCAGAGAUGAUUUUAAAGUUUUAUUCCGCUCCUCGUCACUUGACGUCACAACUGUCUUCAACUUGUGCACUCUGUCAACUGAUAACUGCCCCACAACCUCCCCCACCAACACACACACACACACACACACACACACACACACACUUUUCCUAUCUUAGUAUCUGAAUAUAUUUACUGUAUCUCCAUGGCAACUAUAACUUCUUAGAAGUUGAUGGUCACAUGUAACAAAUAACAGAAUAAAAACACGUGACA